GAAUAAAAUAGACAUUAUUAUUGCUGUGUGUAUAUACGUGACUGCAUGACCAAUGUGAUUCUGCAACCUGUACACACAGAAAAAUGAGAAAUUAUAUCCCAUCUGAUUCAAAUGUAUGAUAUGUUAAGGUCAUUGUACUGUCAUGUGUAACUAAUUAAAUCAAAAAAAAAAAAAGAAAAGAAAAGGUUGUUAUAAAGCAAGACUACACACAGUCAUUUCCCUUUCCACUCCUCUGGCCAUCUUGUGAGGCAGCCAGGGCACCCCCACUAGGAUGCCAGUGCUAUGCUGUUGGGACCCUCCAACUACCAGGAAUGUGAAUCAAAUAAGCAUCUUUAUUUUAUAAGCUAUUCAGUCUCAAGUAUUUUGUUAUAUCAAUGGAAAAUGGACUAAGAUGAUGUAUUAAGUGCAUUUCUGUAAAGCAUAGUAUAUGUGAAAAUCAUGUGGAAAAUAGUUAGUACUGGUAUAAAAUAACAUUUGAUUCUAAAAUUAGAUUUUUUUGGGGAAGGGUACUGGGUAAUGAACCCGGGGCACUUUACCACUGAGCUAUAUCCCCAGCCCUUUGAAACAGGCUUUGCUUAGGGGCUUGCUAAAUUGCUGAGGCUGGCCUUGAACUUGUGAUCCUCCUGCCUUAGCCUCCCAGGUAACUAGGAUUACAGGUGUGCAUCACUGUGCCUAACUAGGUUUUCUCUUUCUCUCUUUCUUUCUUCCUUUUCUUUUCUUUUUUUGUUCUGGGGUUUGAACCCAGUGGUGCUUUACCACUGAGCUAUACCCCCAGUCCUUUUUAUUAUUUUAAUUUUGAGCCAGAGUCUUACUAAAUUGCCCAGGCUGGCCUUGAACUUGGGAUCCUCCUGCCUCAGUCUCCUGAGUUGCUGGAUUGCAGGUAUAUAACACAAUGCCUGGUUGGAAUCAGGUAAUUUUUAAAUAGUGUUUUGUGUAUUUUUUUUUGGUUGCUCAAAACAUUACAAUGAUCUUGUCAUAUCAUAUUUCAUACAUUAAAUAGUGUUUUCUUUUAAUCACAUAAAUGUCUGGGAUAUUCAAAAGUUGAAUUAAAAGUCAAGAAACAUUCACUUGUGCAGAAUUCUUCUGGGCAUUAUAAGAUGUCUAGAAUCCCUGCCCCCAGCCCCAGAGUUCCUGGAGCCUGCUCUAAUCAUACUCUCAAAGUAUGUGAGUAUUUUUAGCUACUAAGCCUGAGAGAACCACUGGGCUAAGUAGCUGAGUCGACCUGUGCUCUUUCCCCACCUUUCUCCAUCCAGGAAAAACCUCACAAUAGAUAUAAAAACCUGUAAACAGUCACAGAGCAUGGUGGUGCGUGUCUGUAAUCCCAGCAGCUUGAGAGGCUGAGAUAAGAGGAUCACAAGUUCAAAGCCAGUCUCAGCAACAGCAAGGCGCUAAGCAACUCAGUGAGACCGUCUCUAAAUAAAAUACAAAAUAGGGCUGGGGAUGUGGCUCAGUGGUAAAGUGGCUCUGAGUUCAAUCCCUGGUACAAAAAAAAAGCAAGAAAAAAAAAGCACCUGUAAACAGUCAUCCAUAACCACAUGGCACCUGUACAACCAUGCCAAAUUCAGAUAUAUGUCUCAGGGCUCCACAGGUUUUCUAAGAAAUUAUAAUCACAGAUGUAGUUAAAUUCUCAGAGAUUUUUCAGCCUUUUUGAUGACUGGAGCAUUAAUUCUUUCCGCAGUACCCUUGAAAGAUAACUUUGAUGUGCUCUGCCUGGCUCUGUCCCUCAUUCACUCACUGGGGAGCUGCUGGAGGUAGGAGAGUUGGGGGGUUCCCAGGGCUGCUCACUGUCACUCCUCUGCCCUCCUCCAUGGAUUCCUCACACAGCCCUUGGUUGAGAACCUCUGGUGGAGAGAAGAGGGAUUCAAGAGAUUGCACUCCUCCAAGCCCAACACCAUGGAGCCAGCUGAUCCUGAACUGAACCCCUGAAACCAACAAACAUCCUCAGAACCAAGCUAUCAAGUGAUGAAAAUGCCAAGAUACAUUGAGAGACCAACUGAGCUCCCAGUCAAAACAAGGUGAACUCUCAGCAAUAUAGACUGCACAGAAAACCAGCCCCAGAUGUUGAGCCAAACAGAUCCCUGGAGAUGUGCACUUUAAAGCUUGUAUGGUUCUGUAAACACAGAUGACAAGAAAAAGCUUCUCCAACUCUGUCCACAGGAAGACCUUCUUCAAAGUAUACCAAUAUUUAUUUGGGAAUAGCUGAUCAUUGCAAUGGGAACAUGUGCUUACUCAAGCAAGUUGAGUCCCAAGCAAAUAGAAGAAUCUCCAGGUACCAGAAAAACAUUGAUGCAUAUCCUGGAAGAAGAAGGUCUGACUUUCAGAACCCUCCCUGAGAUCACAGGACUAUGAGGGGAAGAGCAAGAGCAGGCAGCUGAAGCCUGGCCUGGAGUGAAGAGAGGCAUCUUAUUUUCCUCCAAGGCCACUAAUACACCCUCUCAGAGGAGGCCUCACACUCUCCUCUGAAGCAGGCCCCAGCCAUCAGCCAGCUGGUGGGGACCCACGCUCCCUCACUUCCUGGCCCUUUCAACCUUGGUCCUCCUGUAGAGCAGAAGCUCAUCUCGGUGCCUGUGGGGGUUUGUAUUCCUUCAGAAAAUAUAAAGCCUUUCGCGCUGGGACUUAGCAGUGGCCACCAUGGGGUCUGUGAAUUUCAGAAGUCACAAGGCAGAAGCCCAGGUGAUGAUGAUGGGCCUCGACGGGGCCGGCAAGACCACCCUCCUGUACAAACUGAAGGGCCACCAGGAAGUGGAGACCCUGCCCACCAUAGGUUUCAACGUGGAGCCUCUCGAGGCUCCUGGGCAUAAGUCAGUGAUCCUCUGGGACGUUGGGGGCCAGGCUCAGCUCAGGGCAAGCUGGAAGGACUAUCUGGAAGGCACUGAGGUGCUCGUGUACGUGCUGGACAGCACUGAUGAAGCCCGCUUGCCUGAGGCUGUGGGUGAGCUCAAAGAAGUCCUGAAGGACCCCAACAUGACUGGGGUCCCUUUCUUGGUGCUGGCCAAUAAGCAGGAGGCCCCGGAUGCCCUCCCCCUGCGGGAGAUCAGAAAGAGGCUGGGCCUGGAGUGCUUCGCAGACCGCGGCUGGGAUCUCCGGGCCUGCAGCGCCCUCACUGGCCAGGGGCUGCCCGAGGCCUGGAAGAGCCUGCAGGCUCUGCUGAAAUCCCGCAGCCGCCUGUGUCUCCAGCUCAGAGGCGGUGGGGCCGGGCACAGGGACCACAAGAAAUCCUGACCAGGCCAGAGCAGCUUAUCUUGGCUCCUGUGAGCCGGAAGAACCAGCUAAUCCUGGAGCCACUUCAGCUCCGUUUAUCAAACCAGAAGUCUUUCUAUUCUCAGACGGGAUACUUUCUUCUCGGGACUCAUUUUCAGUGGUAUUUAUGUUGAAAAAUCUUUGAAUAACAAUUUUGUUCUUUGAAUAAUGGUACUCUAAUAAAAAAAAGAAAACCGUCAA